GCCUGAACCAAAGAGCAGUGUCAGAGUGAGAGUCUUGACAGAGAAGCAGCAGUGAGAUGGGGCGGUGGUGGUCGCCGGCGUCGGCGGCAGUGGAGCCGCGGUCGGUGCAGCUCCUGCUCGUGGGCGUCGCCCUCGUCGCCACUUCCUUCUACGCCGGCACCCUCUUCGGCUCCUCCGCCUCCCCUGCGCUCGUACUGCCCCCUCUUUCGCGCCCCGGAUUGCCAGAUUCCUCCAGGUCCAAAGUUGCAGAUGCUCCAAUGUUUACAAACAGAGUUUCUCUUACAUACCGGACGAAACCAGUCAGAGUUCCAGAUCAUGGAGUUGAUGUGUGUCCUUUGGAAUACAAUGAGUAUGUUCCCUGCCAUGAUGCGGCCUUUAUAAGCAGCUUAAAGAACCUGGAUAGAUCUAGGCAUGAGGAUCUUGAAAGUAUUUGUCCUCCACGAGAGAAACGAUUGUUCUGUUUGGUGCCACCACCAAAUGACUACAAGAUACCAAUAAGAUGGCCGACAAGCCGAGACUAUGUAUGGCAUAGUAAUGUCAACCAUUCACAUCUUGCUGACGUCAAAGGAGGACAGAAUUGGGUGCAUGAGAAGGGCAAGCUUUGGUGGUUUCCUGGAGGAGGCACUCACUUCAAACAUGGUGCAUCAGAGUACAUAGAGAGGCUGGGAAAUAUGACAACAAAUAAUACUGGUGAUCUCCGUUCAGCAGGAGUAGUUAAAGUUUUGGAUGUCGGAUGCGGUGUUGCCAGCUUUUCUGCUUAUCUUCUACCCCUAGAUAUUCAGACCAUGUCAUUUGCCCCAAAAGAUGGCCAUGAGAAUCAAAUUCAGUUUGCUGUAGAACGUGGGAUUGGUGCAAUGAUCUCUGUGUUGGCCACAAAGCAAUUACCUUAUCCUGGAAACUCAUUUGAAAUGGUUCACUGCUCCCGAUGUCGUGUUGAUUGGCAUGAAAAUGAUGGAAUAUUGCUCAAAGAGGUAGAUCGUCUUUUGCGUCCUAAUGGAUAUUUUGUAUACUCUGCUCCACCAGCUUACAGAAAAGAUAAAGACUUUCCUGUUAUCUGGAAGAAGCUAGUUAAUAUUACAACAGCAAUGUGUUGGAAGCUUAUCGCUAAGCAUGUUCAGACUGCUAUUUGGGUCAAACCUGAAGAUGAAUCCUGCCGACAGAAAAAUGCUGAUAUGAAGCUACUGAAUAUUUGUGAAUCUAAUGACAAUGUUUUGCCAUCAUGGAAAAGCCCGUUAAUGAACUGUGUGAGGCUUAACAAGGACAAAUCAGAGAUUCAGAAAUUGCAUUCAAGGCCUGAUCGCCUGUCGUUUUAUUUCAAGAGUUUGGAGAUGAUAGGAGUUACACCAGCAAGGUUUGAGAAGAAUAAUGAGUUUUGGAAGAAUCAGGUUCACAAGUAUUGGUCACUUUUUGAUGUUGAAAAGACUAGCAUCCGAAAUGUCAUGGAUAUGAAUGCUAAAUAUGGUGGAUUUGCUGCGGCACUAAGCAAUGACCCUGUCUGGAUUAUGAAUGUAGUACCUUAUACCAUGAGCAACACGUUGCCAGUUAUCUAUGACCGUGGGUUACUUGGUUCCUACCAUGACUGGUGUGAGCCAUUCUCAACAUAUCCUAGGUCCUAUGACUUGCUGCAUGCUUUCCACCUCAUCUCUCAUUAUGAAAGUCGCAAUGAAGAUUGUUUGUUGGAAGAUAUCAUGUUAGAAAUGGACCGCAUCAUUAGGCCCCAGGGUUUCAUCAUCAUUAGAGAUGAGAAGAACACUCUAUUGAGAAUCAUUGAUCUUGCACCGAAGUUCCUUUGGGAUGUUAGCACACAUAUGUUGGAAAAUGAGGAAAACGGGACAGAGCUAGUUCUGAUUUGCAGGAAGAAAUUCUGGGCUAUUGUUUAAGUUACACUUGAGCUGGAAGCUGCCAGAUCCUACCUUGGGGUGUCCUUUGUGUCAGUACAGAACAGAAAGUAAGGAGAACUUUUCAACAUAUUGUAGUUUGAGAUGUCGCUCCAGUGAACUGCAUUUUGUAGAUUUUAUCGACCUUUCUCUGCAGUUGAGAGUACUGCAUUGUUGAGAAAGCAUAUGGUACCAUCGGGAGGUUUCUCCACAAACUAUCAAACUAACUUGGGUCCUUUUUUUUU